AUUCAUUGACAUGUUGACAAGGUUGAAUCUGCAUAUCAACGACUAGAAACGUCUUUGACAUGGUGUCUCCGCUGGAGAAGGAGAUAUCAGCUGCCGUUUGCAAAUGGGAUUUCUGCACUGAUACCUUUGCUUCGAGGGAUGCUCUACAAACCCAUCUCACUGCACAUUGGAAGGCGGAAGUGCCUGAAAGAGUGAGAGUAAAGAGACAGAAAGUCUCGCUUGGACGAUGGGAAGCGGCGGAUGAAGAACAAGGUCUCGAGCGCCUCCUACCUUUCAAACAGUCGGGAGAUAUUACCACGACGACCGAAGGCACUACUCUGUCAUAUGUCUAUCCUCCGUCUUUCCCCUCGCAAGCUCCCACCCUUCCAUCCUUUCUCGAAGAUGACAAUUCAGAUGAAAUCCAUGACUCAACUACCAAAGUCGGCAAGGAGAAAGCUAGAGUGGAGAAGACAGAUUCAGUGUCAGGAGCUAUCACAGCCUCAGCAUCCUCGAUCUCGAACAUCGUCUCGUCUCUAGAGAUCACCACAUCACAAGCAGCGGACCUUUUUACUCAACCCUAUCAGCCAUUCACCCCUCCUUCUUCCCAAUAUACCGAGGAUGUACUGCCUUCACCUCAAGUUUCAUUCGCCGAGAUUUAUUCUUCUCAAAUAUCCCAGAUGGAGCAGAACGUACCAGGCUCGCAGGAAGCGACUCAAGCUUUGGCGGAUGACUUGUCUCAAUUGGAUUCAUUGGAGGCGUCCGCAGAGUCAGAUGAGUGGGGUUGCUUCCUCGAGCCAAGUCAACCUGGUAAAAGCCCCAUGAUUUCCUCAAGCCCAUACGUUGCCCCCUCGCAGGCUCUGCCUACACAGACUCGAGCCGGCUCACCAAUUCAGGCAGAGACGAUUGCAAUGUCCCAGAUCGUGAAGAGCAUUCCAAUGUCCCAAGAAUCCCCUCCUGGACCGUCAUUGUCGCAAAUGGUCAAAUCGCCCAAGACGCCUAGCAAGGGACGAUCCAAACCUGCUUCCCCAUCGCGAAGGGGGAAGGCAUUUGUGCCCCCUCGAUCGACUCAAAGUCCACAAGGUCCCAAAGACGAGCCGAUCUCACCAGCUACAAAGAAUGUGACUGGUAAGCCGCCCAGUUCCAGCCCUGGGAGAAAGACUACUGCAUCACGAAGUUCGACGUCCUCAGGGCCCGUACGCAAGCGACCGACCUGGAUCUGGAUAACUGAGAGUCCCGAACUCAGCCGCAAGGCUGCUCCCAGCCAUUCCCCCGCAUCUCACUCGGCUGCCGAAGAAUCGUUGUCAGUGGAGAAUAUCAUCCAUCCCGCUUGUGGCGAUCCAACGAAGAAUAUUGAGAUUGGGCUGCCACCCACUCUCAGGGAGAACACAUCGGUUUUCAAUGUAGCAACACCACGACAGAGAAGCGACUCGUAUUCCCGCUCAUCGCUGAAAUUCGGCAUGCCCUAUGGACAGGGUGGCGAGACGGCCACACCUGCUGCUGUAUCCAGCGCGAUCACGCCCCCCGGCUCGCGUGAUGUAGGUUUUACAUGGGCUCAGUCGAGAUGACGAUGAGGAAGGGCUAUUCAGAACGAGCAAGAUUGGAUCGAGCAGUAAUAUGAUGCCGUUUGUGGAUCAAACGACCGACACGAAUAUAGACUGCCCUUACGUUGUACAUACUUCUUUGGCCUCCUCUCACAGCAAGUCUAUUUUCGCUGUCUUGUAUAUAAUACUAAUUCACAUGCAUGACACCUG